AAAAAAAAAAAAACAUCACAGAGAGGGACAAACUCGAGAGAUUUUAAAAUGAAUUCCUGUUCCAGUCUACUAAGAAGCGUUCUUCCUAGUCAUAACUUUACUCCUGCUCGAUUCAUUCGAGAAGUACCUUGGAAAGAUAAUUAUCUCAGAAGAUUUGGGUAUAAAGAUCCUUUUCAUAAGAGACCUGAUCCUUUACCAAGAAUAAAAGAAGAUCAUAAAUACGCUAAAAAAGGCCUUGUUAUACUUAAAGAUUAUAAGCCACAAAGACCAUGGUCACAAAAAAAUAAAUAUUUUGGACAGAAUGAUUAUAUAGAUAUUUUAGGAGAUGGUAGCAUUCAUCCUGUAAAAUUGCUUUCAAACAUACCUCCCUGGCUCAGAGGUUUUCAAGGAAAUGAGUUUCAAAUGCUACUUUUGAAACAGAGAAGAUUUACUCAUUAUAGAUGGACAUAUCCUACAAAAUGGAAAAUGUUAAACAAAAGAAUUAUGUUUCUUUACAGGUAUCUAAACAGAAAAACAAAAACUUAAAAUCUUACUCAAACUCUACUGUCCAUUUUCUGUUAGUUGUAUUUUUUAAGCAAUAAAAAACUUUAAAAAAUUGUAA